AUGGCUUCAGCUCACGGGGAUCUACGGCACCUACUGCCAGGCAACUACAAGCGCCAUAUCACAUCCUGGUUGGAAGAGGAUUGCCCAAGUUUAGACUAUGGCGGCUUCGUCGUCGGCGAGUCAGAAGGUGAAGCCCGACUGCUGGGCAAGAGCAAGGGUAUAAUCGCAGGUGUCCCUUUCUUCGACGAAGUCUUCUCGCAACUAGGCUGCACAAUCGAAUGGCACAUCAAAGAAGGCGAAACAAUAAAUCCAAUCCAGCACUGCGCAACCGUCCGCGGACCCAUCCGCAAGAUCCUGCUGGGCGAACGCGUAGCCCUCAACAUCCUUGCGCGAUGCUCCGGGAUCGCUAGCAAGAGCGCCUCGAUGCUCGCCGCACUGCGCGCACAGGGGUGGCAGGGCACACUUGCGGGUACGCGGAAGACAACGCCUGGAUUUAGACUCGUUGAGAAAUAUGGCAUGCUGGCUGGUGGUGCGGAUCCCCAUCGUCAUGACCUGAGCUCCAUGACAAUGCUGAAGGAUAACCACGUGUGGGCGUGUGCGAAUAACCGGGCUGCUGCGGACGGGGGUCUCGCUGACCCAUCGUCUAUCGAGUCAAUUGCGGCUGCCAUUCCCCGUGCUGUGCAGGCUGCUAAGGCUACCGGUGGGUUUUCGACUAAGGUUGAGGUUGAGUGUCGAAGUGUUGAGGAGGCGAAUGCGGCUAUCGAUGCUGGAGCGGAUGUGAUUAUGCUGGAUAACUUUACGCCGGAGGGAGUGCGCGAGGCUGCUGAGCAGUUGAAGAGUAAAUGGGCUUCUAAGAGGGCGUUCUUGAUUGAGGUUAGUGGAGGGUUAACCGAGGAGAAUGCGCCGUCUCAUGUUUGUGAACAUAUCGAUAUUCUGUCCACGAGCUCGAUUCAUCAGGGAACGGGAAUUGUGGAUUUCUCACUCAAGGUGUCUUUGCGAUAG